AUGGAAAGCAAGGAGAUGGUUGAUAGUUUUAUCGAGACUGGUAAUCACCUUAACGACAAGCUGCGCCGCAUUCGCAAGCGUUGUGAGCGCCCCAUGCUUGGCUUUAGAAAUACUGGCAACAGCAAGCUCCGCACCAAGGCCGGUGUCAGAUUUGUUGACAGAUUGCUAGGGCGCGAGUACGAGCUGGGCAAUGCAGAGAUAUUAUGGCCUCUGUCCGCCUUUGGAACCUCAGAUGAGGUAGGUGAUAAAUGGGACAUGGGCCGGGCAAACGGCCUCUACCAAACUCGAUGGGAGGAGCAGAACCAACUCAGAAGAGCCCAACCCUGCCGCCCCUUCGCAACCUACGUGUUCAAGUACGACUCGGCACGGGAAAAUAACAUGGCUAUA